UAAAAAUUAAAUAGUAUAGAAAUUUUGUGCGCGCCUUCAUGUUAAAUUUCUCGCAGUUUUUCGUUAAUUUGUUGAAACUUGUGAAUGAAGUUUAAUGUGAUGUUUGUUCCAUUCAGAAAUUUCCUGCUCACUUUCAAAUGGCAGCAAUAUUUAGCAGCAUCUUUGGCAAGCUACGGCAGCCUAUGCACGGGCAUGGCGAUGGGGUGGACCUCCCCCGUGCUCCCCCAGCUGCGGGGGGAGAACUCCCCUCUCCCCCGGGAACCUACUCUGCAAGAGGAGUCCUGGAUCGGCUCUCUUCUGGUGUUGGGAGGACUCUUAGGUCCCCUCAUAACGGUACCGCUAUCCAAAUACAUCGGCCGGCGUUGGAUCAUCAUGAGCACAAACCUUCCUCUGCUGCUGGGGUGGCUCCUGGCGGGCGUGGCUUCGAACCUGGCCACCCUGUACGUAGCCCGGCUGCUGUGGGGCUGCGCCACGGGGAUGCUGUUCGCCACCGUGCCCAUCUACAUUGGAGAGAUCGCUGAGGAUAAAAUACGCGGCUCCCUCAGUGCCCUAUUCCUGCUUUUCAUCAACGUGGGCUUCCUACUCGCCUACGCCAUCGGACCAUUCACCUCGUACUGGGGUCUGACUGCCGCUGGUGGGAUCCUGUCACUACUGUACCUGCCUUGCACCUGGUUCAUACCAGAGACUCCGUUCUUCUUGGUGUAUAAAGGUCGUCACGAAGAAGCAUCAACAGUACUCCAAAAGCUGCGAGGAUCCAGCAAGGAAGCCGUCCAGCCUGAAUUGGAGGGUCUUCAGGCACUGGUCUCCAGGGAGUUCCAGGUGGAACCCAGGAUACAGGACCUUUGGGCCACCAGAGGCAAUGUGAAAGCAUUAGGCAUCUGCGUAUUCCUGGCGAUGUUGCUCCAACUGUCAGGCAUCGACGUGCUGCUGUUCUACAUGGAGGAACUGCUGGCCAAAGUGGGCACCUCCAUAUCAGCUUCCGACGGGACCAUCAUCAUGGGAGUGGUCCAGGUGGUAACCAGCUGUGUCACUCCGCUGGUGGUGGACAAACUUGGCAGGAAACUCCUCAUGUGGACCACCUCACUGGGCCUCACCAUAUUCUUGUUUUUAAUCGGGGUGUACGCUCUACUCGACUCGUACUACAAAUAUGAUAUGUCGUCGGUCACCUUCCUACCGCUGCUGUGCCUUAUCAUCUACAUGAUUCUCUUCACUCUGGGUGUGGGUCCAGUGCCAUGGAUCCUGGUGGCGGAGAUGUUCCCCGUGAAGAGCAAGUGCCUCGCCAGCGGUAUCUGCUCGUUCAUGUGCUGGCUAGCGGGCUUCAUAUGGACCAGGUUCUUCCGAGACGUGGCGGCAUCUUACGGUAUUUACACGGCGUUCUGGAUACUAGCCGUGUGCUGCGGCAUCGGCUUCAUAUUCUCCGCCACGUUGUUACCAGAGACCAAGGGAAAAACGUUCGAUGAGAUACAGGACUUGCUCAAUAAGAGGACUAAAGAAGAAAAGCCUGCUGACGACGUAUAAAUCAUUUAUAAUAAUACUAUUUUUUACAUCAAACUAGAAUAAAUCUAUACAAUUAUGUUAAAUGUGUUUUUAGGUGCUAAUUUAUUAUAAAUAUACAAUUAAAU